GAAGUAGGCGGGGCGGGAGAUUUGAACGGAAGGCGACGCUGACUGGGUGGAGCACCGGCUCCGCAGUGGCCCUCCGCCCGGGCGCUCUCGCGUCCUCUGUCGGUAACCAGCCUUCAGCUACCGGACCGCAAGACCGAACAGGAGCCGUGGGGCGACCGGGAGCCGGGACCCUUUGUGGCCGGCGAUGGGCCCUCGCCGCCGACGCCGCAAGCCAGAGACCCCGAAGAGGCGCAGCGCGAGUCCACCUCGCGGGACCCCGCGGCGGGAAGCCUCCUUAGGUUCUUCCUCUCGUCAACAUAGUCGGAGAAGAAUUCGCUGGAUUAAGGAGAUCAAAAAUCUACAGAAGAGCACAGACCUCUUGAUAAGGAGGUACCCCUUCAGCCGCCUGGCAAGAGAAAUAUGUAUGAAAUUCACACGUGGUGUGGACUUCAGUUGGCAAGCCCAGGCCCUGUUGGCCCUUCAAGAGGCAGCAGAAGCAUUUUUAGUUCACCUUUUUGAGGAUGCCUACCUCCUCUCCUUACAUGCUGGCCGAGUCACUCUUUUCCCCAAGGAUGUGCAGCUGGCCCGGAGGAUCCGCGGCAUCGAGGAAGGACUUGGCUGAACUCCUACAGCACUGUCUCUUGGAUGUUACCUGGGACUCUCUGGAGCUACAGCUAGACCCAGUGGUGUCUGAGGUGCUACCUGGAUUUUGUUGUCUCUGAGCGGUGUGUGACUGUUGCCCUUUAAACUUUCUUUAUGAAGGAGAAGAAUGCUUGUUUCCUCUGUAGCAGAGGUGUGAUAGGAGACAAUCAACAGAGUUCCAAAGGCCUGAAAAGACUUAGUUGGUGUGUUACUCAUAUGACUCCUAAAGGAUUUUGAAGACAUCACAUCUGUCAUGUUAUAGGAAAAGGAUAUUUACUUUGUUUUAGAUCUUUCUGUACUUUAUGCAUUUUUUAACCAUGUGUAUAUUUUUACUGUUAUUGAAAAUGAAAGGGAAGAAUAAAAAUAAAUAAAUUUUUUUUAAAUGUAAGGGAAAAAUAAGAGAAGAGCACUUCCAUUUGUUACCUUAAAGGACCCAACUCUCCUCAUGUACAAAUCUCCGCCUUCCAGAUUAAUAUCAUUUGUGACUGUCAACAAAUGUGUUGCUUUUCAAAACUAAAUUGGGAGUUGAAAUAGAAAUAAUUUUUUUGUUGUUGUUUGGUUUUGGGACUAGGGAUCAAAUCUAGAACCUUAUACAUGCUAAGCAUGCACUCUACUCCCAGCCUGAAAUUUUUCUGAUUCUUUCUAGCAAAUUUCUAUCAAAAUAAUUCAGAAAUUCUCUCAUAGAAUUUAGCAUUUUAUUCUUAGUUGUAAAUCAUAGAAAUAUCAUCCAUCCAAGAUUUUGUUUUAUUCUUUUUUAAAAAAAAAAAAUUGGGGGUACUGGGGAUUGAACUCAGGGACAAUUAACCACUGAGUUACAUUCCCAGCCCUUUUUAUUUUUUAUUUUGAGAUAGGGUCUCAGUAAAUUUCUGAGGUUGGCCUUGAACUUGUGAUCCUCCUGCCUCAGCCUCCCAAGUGUCAGGAAUUAUAGGCGUGUGCUAACAAGGUACCCGUCACAAAUCCAGGAUUUUAAAGUGUUUUUUCAAUGCUUUUAUAGAUGUUUUUAUAGCUUCUUUGUGGAGAAAUAAUAUAAGUAAUUCAUUAAUGAAAAUAUUAAAAUGAAGUUAUUGUUUUAGCACAUGGAGAUUAUACCAUAUUUUUUGUAUUUUAACAUUAAGUUCCUCAGUUGCACACCAUUUGCAAACACCCACAAUUAAAAUGGGAAUCAAGGGAUGUGGUUUUGCCUCUGAAGUAGAAAUGAGCAGGUAAAACCCUCGUCCUGUUUCUAAAUGCAAUUUAAGAAAUUUCCUGAGAAAUGAAAAAUGCCACCCAAAUAUCUGAGAAAUGUGAGUGAUGAAAAUGAGCAGUGAGUGCAGACUAUUAAUAAUGAUGUGUUGGUCAGCUAAAUUCAGAGACAGACCAAAGGGAAGCGCUGAAUUUUACUGCUUAAUAAAUUUUAGCCCUUUGGAAAAACUUCUUGCUUGACAUCAAGUCAUAUUUAUGCAGACAUUUGAAUAAAGCUUAUCUAACCAUGAAUAUA